GUUUUGCCGGCCAGCGUUUGAAUUUUGCGUGCUGGGGGUGCUGUUGGAGGCUGUAUUGCCGAUACCAUCUGAGGCAGAUAGGAAGGGCCACCCAAAGGUUAACAAGGAAUCACAAAGGAUUUCAUCGAGCCGGCCCUAUCACGUAUGGGGGGCCUCACAGCUGGCCCGAAUCGCCAGAUAUCCCUGAAAGACACCAGGUUGUCCAGGCCUCGCGCCGUCAGGCUGCCCUUGACCCCCAGAAGCGUCAGGGCACACCAGGUGCUCAAUGUUUUGCAUUACCCCUCCUGCGAUCCACCGGAGACGCGCGAGGGCGGCAGUCAAGGGCGGAAGGUUGGCCCCACAACGCGAGACGCCAUCCUGUGCUCGAAGCUGAAGGGACAUCAGGCCGCGGUGACGGCGGCGCUCAUAACUUCAGAUGCAGCUGGCUGCAAGGAGAUCAUCACAGGCUCCCUGGACAAAACCAUGACACUCUGGCGGCUGCAGGACGGUUCAGCAGAUGGGGAUGAGAGCUCAGAAGCCAGCACAUCUGGCGCCCAUGAGAUUGUGACACUGACGCCAUCUGGCGCACCCAUAUUCUCCUUGGCCAUUGACCCCAGCGGGCUCAACCCAAAUGAGCGGCAGCAGGUCUUCUGUGGCAAUGCGUCAAAGAGCAUAUCGGUGUGGGAGCCGCCGUCCGGUCAGAUGCAGGACAAGGUGAUCCUCAAUGGGCACACUGGCUGGGUUCGCGCACUGGCAGCAGAGGGCCGAUGGCUUUUCAGCGCGGGGUGCAAUGUGAUGCGGCAGUGGGACUUGACGCGGGCGGUGCCGAGGCAUGUGCGCGAUGUGAAGCUGGUCAAGGGGGACAUCCUGGGCAUCGCCACACGGCGGGGCUUCGUGUACACAUGCGGCGCCGACGGCUCCAUCAGGUCGUGGGCGAUCGACAAGAAGGGCAAUUUGGAGGAGGGUCGCGCUCGCGAGAAGGCGCACCGGGAGCGAGUGACGGCGCUGCUGGCGCACAACGGCUUCCUCUACAGCGUCUCCUAUGACGGCAGCGUGAAGAUGUGGGACGCCGACAGCAUGGAGCUGGUCAUGGAGGCCGCCAACGCGCAUGAGGGCGGCCGCGUCAACUGCGCCGCCAUCGGGCCCGACGGCAACCUCUACACCGGCGGCGACGACAAGCUUGUGCGGCGCUGGCGGCUGGGCUCGCUCAACCCGGCGCCCUCCAACGCGCUAUUCUGCCACAACUACAGCGUCCGCGCUCUGGCAGCCGGCUCCACUGAGACCCUCGUCUCCGGCGACCAGUCCGGCGAGAUUGCCUUCUGGCGCAUUUAA